UUUAAAGAAACCAAACCUUCUACUAUAAAGAAGAAAUUCCAUUUUAGGAAGAUGACCGUGGUUGAUUAGGUGUGCUGAUAUUCCCUGGCACGCUUUGUUCUUCUAUGUUGAAAGUCAGAAAUGGAUGAUCUGAUGGGAGAACCUGAAAAUGGAUCCUUGCUGCUAGAUCCCCCAGCAAGUUCCUCACCUUUGGAUCCGUUCUUGCAACCCCUGGACUUCAUUGAACCCUGGAACUUCUACCUUCUCUCUGCUCUGAUGUUCUUGGUGACUUCCCUGUCCCUCUUCGAGAAUUUUACUGUCAUCCUGGUGACUCUGAAAUUCAAACAGUUGAGGCAACCUCUAAACUAUGUCAUCGUGAACCUCUCCGUGGCUGAUUUCCUGGUCUCCUUGAUUGGGGGCACAAUCAGCUUUUUGACUAAUUUGAAGGGUUAUUUUUUCAUGGGCCACUGGGCAUGUGUGCUGGAAGGAUUUGCAGUCACGUUCUUUGGAAUAGUUGCCCUCUGGUCCCUUGCUCUGCUUGCGUUUGAGCGCUACAUUGUGAUUUGCCGCCCCCUGGGAAACAUGCGCCUCAGGGGGAAGCAUGCAGCUCUGGGAGUAGCCUUUGUGUGGGUUUUCUCCUUCAUCUGGACCAUCCCUCCUACAAUGGGGUGGAGCAGCUACACUACCAGCAAGAUUGGGACUACGUGUGAACCCAACUGGUAUUCUGGAGACUACAACAACCGUACUUUCAUUAUUACAUUCUUCACCACCUGUUUUAUCCUGCCCUUAUUGGUGAUUUUGAUAUCCUAUGGAAAACUGAUGCGGAAACUUAGAAAGGUUUCAGAUACUCAAGGUAGAUUGGGCUCUACAAGGAAGCCUGAAAGACAGGUGAACAGAAUGGUUGUCAUUAUGAUCCUUGCGUUUUUAAUUUGCUGGUCUCCUUACGCAGCCUUUUCAAUCUUGGUCACCACCUGUCCUUCCAUCAAACUGGACCCUCGCCUCGCUGCCAUUCCAGCUUUCUUUUCGAAAACGGCCACGGUGUAUAAUCCAGUUAUCUAUGCCUUUAUGAACAGUCAGUUCCGGAAGUGUCUUGUCCAACUGUUUCGGUGCAGAGGCCAAGAUAUUGCCGACUCCAACGUGAACCAUAUUUCAGAAAGGGCAGUGCUCACGCACAACAAAAAUGGUGGAGAGAUGUCCACAACGGCACCGCCUCUUACUGUCUUCAGCCGGAGAAGCGAAGAUGAGCAAAGCAGCUGCCAUUCUUUCGCCCAGCUGACCAUCGCAGAAAAUCAAGUUUGUCCAGUCUGAAUGCAACUCUUCAAGAUGAUGAGCCAGGACUGUUAACUGGGGAUGGGGAACUUGUGGCUCUGUAGACAA